GGGAGGCAGGGAAGGGAAGUUUGUCUCCGACCCAGUGCACUCGCCCCCCAGCAGUGGGGAGUCCCACCCCGGGGCUGCCGGGGGGAAGCAGGUGGCGGGCACCUCUGGCUGCCCCAUGGAUUCCGAUGUGGCCUCCACAUCCAGCAGAGCCUCGUCCCCGGAGCUGGAGGAGGCGGGCAGCCCCCAGCUCCUGUUUGAAGCCUUCUGCCGCGAGCCAGCGGCUCCCCAGCCGGGGCCCGGGGAGCCCAGCCCCCGCGGCGGGGCCGGGGCGAAGCUGCGGGGCGGCAGGAAGGAGCAGUCGGACGAACAGCAGCAGGAGCAGCGGCUGAAGGUGAACAGCCGCGAGCGCCGGCGGAUGCACGACCUGAACCAGGCGCUGGACGGCCUGCGGGACGUGAUGCCCUGCGCGCAGGGCCCCGCGGUGCGCAAGCUCUCCAAGCUCGCCACCCUGCUGCUGGCCCGCAACUACAUCCUCGCGCUGAGCAGCUCCCUGCAGGAGAUGCGGCGGCUGCUGGGCGAGCUCCACCCGCUUCCCCGGGCCCGCCCCGUGCCCGCCUCUCCCUCCGCCUGCUCCGCCGCAGCCGCGCCUGGGUACCUGGGCUUCCGAGCGGCUCCGCCAGAGACCCACCGCGGGGCAGCGGGGCCCCUGGGCCCCUUUUACAGACACUACUCCGGCUCGCCCUGCCUCUGCGCCUUCUGCCGGGCCGGGCCGCAGGAGCUGCCAAGAACCGCAAGUGACUGGCCCUGGCCACACACGAGACCCAACGCAACGGCUUUCCUAGGGUCAGCGCCGCAGGACUGCUACUGCUCUGACCAGGAGAGGGGGACAGCGCUGUCCUGCCAGUUACAAACCGCGCCAGUCUCCUCCGGAUCAUGUACCUGACACUUAUCCCCACAAGACUCUAGCACAGGGGUUCUCAAACUGGGGCUCCGGACCCCUCUGGGGGCCAUGAGGUUAUUACAUGGUCCAGCUGUCAGCCUCCACCCC